GUUUUGUUUUUUAUUUUAUAGCCCUACCUGAUAGUAGGAUAGAGUAUUGAUAAAGAUUACUUGUUAUUAAAAUGACUAAAUUGCACACGGUCCCUCCCGCAUAGCUACGGGAAAUGUUUCAUUACUGGGGGAAGUGUUGGCUGGAUGUUAUUUUAAAGCUACUGUAAGGACUAAUUACUGUUUAUGCAAGCACACACGGGAAUACAAUGUAUGAACACAUCAUAAACUGAUAUAUAGGUAUUUAUAUAUAGGCCUACAUACACAAGACAUGUAUACUUCACCUGCCUUUUGUUUUAGUAACAAGUCACUCGUGAAAGAAGCCACUGCUACUCUGUGCAAAUGGUUUGGUAGUUUCUUCAGCUACAAAGUAGGUUUAUUUGGUCUGGCCCAAACUAGCAUCCCCUCCCUUUCACAAAUUUGAUUAUUCUUACAAUACGAUACUGUAAAUAUCGCCAUAGGUUUAUGGACUAAAAUGAAUGCUUAAAGACAACCGAUUAGCACUAAAUGCAAAACAAUUAAAUCGUAGUAAAUACUGUAUUUUUGUAAAAUCAAUGAACAUUCAAUAUCAUACACUGCCAAAAAACAAACAAACAAACAAACAAACAAACAAACAAACAAACAAACAAACAGAAAACCAAGACAGGCCUCUUAGUGUGUGAGGAAUAAGAAAUAGAAUACUUUCAAAGGUUUAAGAUGAGUUGACAGAUGGUAGGUCUCAUAUAAAGUUAGUCAGAGGCAAACUUAUAUGAACAUCAGAGGCCAAGGGACCAUUAAAGGCCUUCUCUAGUCAUUAACAGGCUAUAGUCUAAGCCUAUAUCUUAGUUGCAUUUAGUUGCCUUUCCAGAAGCCUCUUCAUAAGGGUACUAACCAAGGGCUAGAAACGUUACUUUGAAACAUUCUUUCAGCCGAUUAUAUGUAAUCCGCUUCAUUUAUGCGAAUAACCGAAUAGCCGAAUAACCGGCUCCAGAACCGCCUUCACCAUUUCGACAGCGUGCACGGAGGGGCUCGUGUGGACUUCCGUCUGUUUUCCUGCCGUGUCCUCUUGAGCCAGCGAAGAUCCGAAAACGGAAGUUAUGUCUAGAUCGGUGCGGACUGCAAUCUGGAGAACCAAACCGUGAGCCAACAGUGCCCGGGCUCUCCUGGGCGACACAUGUCGAACAUGGAUGCAUCAGACAGCUAGAUAGCUGCGAUCGGGUGUAUCGUUGCCGGGACCCCAACCCCAUUUAGAUAUCACAAGAGACAAAAGAUCGGCGUUGUCCGCGUUUCGUCCGUGGACUCGCGCUGUUUUGCGCAGCGAGGAUGUGGCUGACUCCAGAUGAGGUUUCCCUGAAAAGCGCGUUGAAGCUCUGGGUGACGGAGAAGACGAACGACUAUUUCCUCCUGCAGCGAAGGAGGGGACAUGGCGAUACUGGGGGUAAAAUUACAGGUAUGUUGGUGGGGGCAUUGGACACUGUUUUGGAUUCAAAUGCUCGAAUGGCCCCAUUCCGAAUCCUUCUGAAGGUGCCAGGGUCCCAGGUUAGCUGGGUUAUCGCCAGUGGAGCCACAGCAGAGGAGGUGCAGAAACACUGGCGAUGGCUGGAUCAGAACCUGCUGCCGUAUAUGGCUGUGUUUGAGAACAAGCAAGAUGCCGCAAGCUUUGCACAGGGCAAAGUCAAGGGCCUGAUUGCUGAGGAGGUGCUGGGCGGGCAGGCGGCGCUGGAGGAUGAUCCUGUGCGGUUCCGGGAGGUCCUGGCCCGGUUCACGCAGCACUUCGCCCUGCCACCACAGGAGAAGCUGGUGGCUCAGUACACCUGCUGCUGCUGGAAGGGACAUGUGCCACGCCAGGGCGUGCUCUACCUCUCCGCCAACCACCUGGCUUUUUACUCCUUCCUGCUGGGCAAAGAGGUGAAGCUGCUCAUCCCGUGGGUGGAGAUCACAGGCCUGGAGCGUGUCUCACUGGGGCUCCUGACGGAUGUGAUCCGGGUACGCACACGGCAUAGGCAGCGUGACUUCUCCAUGUUCCUGGAUGUGGAUGAGGUGAUGACCGUGAUGGGGCAGCUGGCUGAUGUAGCACUGCGCAGGCUGCUGGAUGCAGGGGGCCUGGAGCUCAACCCCACUCUGCAACAGCCCACCAGUCUCACCAAGAGGGAACUGAUUGAGAUGCUUGCUUUGUCAAGGACCCAGAAACUUCCCCAGCCAGGCGAGGACACGCAGGUGCUGGAACUUCUGGUGCAGAGGGAUAAGGAGUUCCAAGCUUUGAUGCAGACUGCUGUGGAGCAGGGCAGGGUCCAUCAGGAGAUGCAGGCGCUGGAGAAGGAAGCAGAGAGGAGGGAUGGUGAUAUCCAGCUGCUGCAGAAACAGCUCAAAGAGGCUGAGCACAUCCUGGCUACAGCUGUGUACCAGGCCAAAGAGAAACUCAAAUCUAUUGACAAGGCCAGAAAAGGCAGCAUCUCUUCAGAGGAAAUCAUUAAGUAUGCACACAGGAUAAGUGCCAGCAAUGCUGUCUGCGCUCCUCUCAACUGGGUGCCAGGUGAUCCUCGAAGGCCUUAUCCCACUGAUUUGGAGAUGCGCAGUGGGAUUCUGGGUCACAUGAGCAACCUGCCCACCAAUGGCGUGAAUGGCCACCUGCCGGGCGAUGCACUGGCUGCAGGAAGGCUACCAGAUGUGCUCACUCCUCAGUAUCCCUGGCAGUCUGCUGAUGUUUCCAUGGGGAUGCUGCCCCCUCACCAUGGAAACGAUUUUGGCCUGGAGCCUCCUGGUCACAAUAAGGAGAACGAGGACGACGUGGAGGCCAUGAGCACUGAUUCGUCCAGCAGUAGCAGUGACUCUGACUGAGGACAGGGGAAAUGGGGGUGCACGUUUCUGACAGACAUGAAUACAGAUAUCUCCACUGACUGUUUGUGUGCAAUUAAUUAGUGGGGCAGAGAUAGCCAGGACAUUGCAAUUACACUCUCCUGCAGUGACUUAGUGUGCCUGUGGUCUUGCCACUGCACUGCAAAUUCCUGGUUUCUUAACUGGAUGAUGAAGCAUAAACCUUCCCCAACCACAAAGCCAUGAGAUAAACAAAAUGUUAAAGCCUCAACCAAAGCUCUCAUUAUGCCAGACUAAAACAUUGGCUCAAGCCAGUCCAUAGUUCUGUCUAGUAGGAAGUACUGUAAAAUGCAAUUACCCCCCCUGGCCACAUAAGCUAUGUCUGUUUAGCUGUGGUGUAAAUAGUGUAAAUACACUUGAGUUGGCAGACCUUGUAAAUAAAGUAUCUUUGGUAUAAUA